GGUGAAGGCUGUGCGCUCUCGAGGGCGCCGGUGCGCGAGGCUGCGGGUGUGCUUGAGCGGCCUGCCCCGGGCCCGCCGCUGCCAUGGACGGUCUGCGCCAGCGCUUCGAGCGUUUUCUAGAACAGAAGAACAUAGCCACCGAAGCUCUCGGGGCGCUCGAAGCCAGGACCGGUGUAGAGAAGCGGUAUCUCGCCGUGGGAGCCCUCGCCCUCCUAAGCCUGUAUCUUCUGUUCGGCUACGGGGCCUCUCUACUGUGCAAUGUCAUCGGAUUUGUAUACCCCGCAUAUGCUUCAGUCAAAGCCAUCUACAGCCCAAGCAAGGAAGACGACACUGUGUGGCUAACCUACUGGGUGGUGUACGCCCUGUUCGGUCUGGUCGAGUUCUUCAGCGAUCUACUCCUGUUCUGGUUCCCUUUCUACUACGCGGGCAAGUGCGCCUUCCUGUUAUUCUGCAUGACUCCGGGGCCCUGGAAUGGGGCUCUAAUACUAUACCAUCGCGUCAUACGACCACUAUUUCUAAAACACCACGUGGCCCUAGACAGCGCCGUGAAUCAGCUCAGCGGAAGAGCAUUGGACAUAGCAGCUGGGAUAACCCGGGACGCCAAGACAAGUCAGACCCUGCUCCUGAAGCACAAGUGAGGUCCCAUGGCAGUCUGUGCGCGGAGCCCCUGGCCAACGACAAGGAGCACACAGCUGACGCCCAGGCCUCUGACUCCUCCUUGGACUCCCACACAGAGACCCAACAUCAACGCCGAGUCUCGAGCCCAAGCAAGCCAACAGGAAGCCCGUUACGGGCCGUGAAUGGGCAGUCUCCGUCUCCAGUCAGCCCAGGUUCCACUAAUGCAUCCCGGGGCCAGCUGGCCACUGGCUCUGUCAGCGGCUCCCAGAUUCCCAGCAAGGCCCGGGGCCAUCAUAGCCGGGGCAGUGUGUCUUCCAGGCCUGCACAGCGUACCCGGCUGCCCAGUACCUCCUUGGGGCCCUCUCAACCGGCCAUGCGCUCUG